UUUAUAGUAUAGAAAAUACUUUAUUUCAUGCUACUUGACCCACCUACACUUUAUUUUUAAAAUGUCUGUGGUGUCAAACGAAUCAGUAGUAAGCUCAUUUUUCCUGGCUGGGUUUUCUGGUUGUUCAUACUGCCAGAUGAGUAUAUUUUUUGUAUUUCUGUUAAUGUUUAUGUUCACAGUCUUAGAAAACUUGGCCAUUAUUUUACUGGUUAUACAAGAUAGCAAACUUUGGAAGCCCAUGUAUAUAUUUGUGGGGAAUCUUUCCUUCUUGGAGAUCUGGUAUAUCACUGUCACACUCCCCAAUCUGUUAUAUAACAUGGUCACAGGAAAUCAGGAAAUAUCAUAUAAUGGAUGUGUCACUCAACUGUUCUUUUUUACUUUUCUUGGAGCCACUGAGUGCUAUCUUCUGGCCACCAUGGCGUAUGACCGUUACAUAGCGAUCUGUAAUCCUCUAAAAUACACUGUCAUAAUGCAGGACGGGUGUGUCUGGUGCCUUCUUAUUUCUUCCUGGUUAACUGGACUUUUUACACCAAUUAUUCCUGUCUAUUUCCUUACUCAGCUGAACUUUUGUGGCCCCAAUAAAGUUGACCAUUACUUUUGUGACGUUUCUCCACUGUUGAGGUUGGCUUGUGGGAAUAUUAAGACUAAGGAACUUGUUGACUUCAUUGUAUCUGUAUUGGUUCUUAUAAGCUCAUUGUCAGUCAUCUUUAUUUCUUACAUCUGCAUCACUUGGACUGUCCUGAAGAUGCCUUCUUCUCGUGGUCGGCACAAAGCAUUCUCUACAUGUACCUCUCAUCUGGCUGUAGUUUGUGUCUAUUAUGGAAGCAUGGGCUUCACGUAUAUGCGGGUCACACCAGCUUCUAGUGUUUCAUUAAACAAGCUUGUGUCUGUUUUAUAUUCUGUCAUCACACCCCUGUUAAACCCAAUUAUUUACACACUCAGAAAUCAUGAUGUAAAGCUUUCACUACAAAAAGUGUUAGGGAAACAAAAUGGUUUAAAGACUAAAUGAUCCCAUUAGAUUAGAAGAUGAAAGAAAAGUGCCAUU